GUGCCAAAUCUCAUCACCGAAACCCCUCAUACCCCACGGCCCACGCACUCUCUUUAAAUUCUCGAUCUCUCCUAAAAUAACAAUCCUCCGCGGAUUCUCAAUCUCAUUUCAUCCAGUACUGAAUCACAGACGCACGAUUUUCGUUUUUGUCGAGUUUGUUUAGAUUUAUUGUUUCGAUCAUCUGUUUUAUUGAUCUGGAAUUCAUUUAUUCCCGAUCUAAGAAUUACGUGUUUCUAAGUUUUGUUACGCGAAAUCGAUUGUGUGCAUGCAUCGGAGAUUGGACGGGAGCUUUAUGUCUCCGGAGCUGGGGAUUGAUUACCGGAGAAAUUGAUAAACUUAGUGAAAAAUGACAGGGAUAGCGCCGAGAAUCAAUAACAAUACUAUCUCUGAUAAUAGCGAAACUAAUACUUGUGACAGGAAUCCAUCUACGGGGAAUGUGACGGCGCCGUUCCAUUCAUUGAAUUGUUCGUCCAAUUCAAGUAAUGGAUUCUGGUCCCAGCACCGUGGUGAUUUGAGCUACAAUCAGCUGCAGAAGUUUUGGUUGGAGCUGACACCACAAGCUCGGCGGAAUCUUCUUAGGAUAGAUAAGCAGACACUCUUCGAGCAUGCUCGUAAGAAUAUGUACUGUUCCAGGUGCAAUGGUUUGUUGCUUGAAGGUUUUCUGCAGAUUGGUAUGUAUGGGAAGUCUCUACAUCAGGAUGCAGCAGGGGGCCCUCACAAUGUUAGAGCCACAGAUAAUCAAAUUAAUGGAGAUUUGUGUAUGGACAAUGGGUGCCAGGAUGACACUCAAGAUCCAUCCGUCCAUCCAUGGGGUGGAUUGACUGCUUCCAGGGAUGGGACACUCACACUUUUGGACUGCUACAUGUAUUCAAAGUCUUUAAAGGGGCUUCAAAAUGUGUUUGACAGCGCACAAGCAAGAGAAAGGGAACGUGAAUUGCUCUAUCCUGAUGCAUGUGGAGGGGGUGGACGGGGAUGGAUAAGCCAAGGAAUUGCAGGAUAUGGUAGAGGGCAUGGAACAAGAGAAACAUGCGCUCUUCAUACUGCCAGAUUGUCUGUGGAGACUUUGGUGGACUUCUGGUCUGCGCUCGGAGAGGAGACUCGGCUAUCUCUUUUGAGGAUGAAAGAAGAGGAUUUUAUUGAAAGGCUUAUGUAUAGGUUUGACAGCAAAAGAUUUUGCAGAGAUUGCAGAAGAAAUGUCAUACGUGAGUUUAAAGAACUGAAGGAACUGAAGCGCAUGCGAAGGGAGACUAGAUGCACAAGUUGGUUUUGUGUGGCAGACACAGCCUUCCAAUAUGAGGUUUCUUGUGAUACAGUACAUGCUGAUUGGCAUCAGACAUUUUCUGAUGCAUUUGGUACAUAUCAUCACUUUGAAUGGGCUAUUGGAACAGCAGAAGGGAAAUCAGAUAUAUUGGAGUUUGCAAAUGUUGGUUUGAAGUGGAAGGUGCAAGCGCAUGGUCUAGAUCUAAGUGGCUUAAAUGCCUGCUAUAUAACUCUACGGGCUUGGAAAAUGGAUGGGCGUUGCAACGAACUCUAUGUGAAAGCUCAUGCUUUGCGAGGUCAACAAUGUGUACAUUGCAGGCUUGUAGUUGGUGAUGGAUUUGUAACUAUUACUAGAGGGGAAGGUAUCACAAGGUUCUUUGAACAUGCAGAGGAGGCUGAGGAAGAAGAGGAUGACGAUUUUGUGGACAAGGAUGGAAAUGAACUUGAUGGUGAAUGUUCUCGUCCCCAGAAACAUGCGAAGAGCCCUGAGCUUGCUCGGGAAUUUCUUCUAGAUGCUGCAACUGUCAUUUUUAAAGAACAGGUUGAGAAAGCUUUCAGAGAAGGAACAGCACGACAAAAUGCACAUAGCAUCUUUGUGUAUCUUGCUCUUAAGUUGGUAGAAGAACGUGUACAUGUUGCUUGCAAGGAAAUAAUUACAUUAGAAAAACAGAUGAAACUUCUUGAAGAAGAAGAAAAGGAAAAGCGUGAAGAGGAAGAGCGCAAAAGCGCGAAGGAGUACAGGAGGGCAAAAGGAAGGGAAAAGAAGCUUCGAAGGAAGGAAAGAUUGAGAGAGAGAGAAAAUCGUGAAAAGAAAUGUGCUGAAUCACAUUUGAAUUCUGUGGUUGAUGAUGUUACAAAGGAUGAACCUACAACGCCCAUUGAUGAGGGGGUAACUAUUGCUAGAAGUAGAGACUCUAGAGAGUCUCUCAGCGAAAGAUGUGAAGAUAAUCCUUCCAGUCUGUUGUCUCCUGAUAUUCAAGAUGACCAACUUUCGACAGAGUACACUUAUUCAAAUAAGGAUAAUUCUACCGAAGAUACACUGGAUGAGGAUUUUGGCAACACAAGAGAUUGGAACUCCUCAUAUCCAUACGAUCACUUCAAGUAUUCUCGCAGGAAGCUGAAGUUCUGCAAAGAUUCAGAUGGGGAUUCAAACUCGAUAUUGUCUGACAGGAGAAAGGAUGCGACAUUAUUAGGGAAUGGGGUUGUCACUAGCAAAUAUGAAUCCAGCUAUCAUGCAGAUGGUUUUGAAAUGACAAGGAACUUUCAUGGCUUUAAUAAGCAAUUGAGAGCCAAUGGUGCAACGUCUAAUGUUAGAAAUGGCAGCAAGUUCAGCGAAAAGUUCCAGUGGAGCAAUAGCAGAACAUGUGAUAAAUGUGCACCCCAUUCUUGCCGCUGUGAGCACCAUCAUGAGUCUAGAUCAAGGCCAGAGUCGCAUAUUGUAAGGGUAGUGAAGGAUCCUAAAUAUGUUAAUAAGUCCGAGAGUCCAGCUGAUGUCUUGAAACCAUAUUAUCGUAGCAAAAGGUAUACUCCAGCGCAGUGUGCACGUGAGAUUACUGGGCGACCUAAGGGCAAGAUUGCUGGCAACCCUCUUACUACAAAGAAAGUUUGGGAACCAUUAGAAUCACAGAAGAAGUGUGUCCGAAGCAACUCAGAUUCUGAUGUUACGUUGAAAUGCACCUCCAAAGUCGAAGUCCCUGAAUCCGAACAGCUCCUCGAAUGUUGUUCCUCUUGUUCUGAUGAAGUGGCUGAUAAUUCAGUUCAAACAGAUCACAAGGAUAAUGAUCCAACAGAUUUAUCAAGGUCUAGAGCUAAGAGCUGUGUAGAGAUGAACAAUGAUUUCCAGACAUAUGAAAAUUCCCAUCACUACUCAAAGGAAGGUGUAGCAGAAGAUGGUAAGUUAUGCUCUACAAAAAGAUCUACACUUGGAACAAUAGGUUCAUCCGUGAGCGCCUCAUCCAACUCUGGUAACUGCUCAUCCUGCCUCAGUGAGGGUGACAGCAACACAUAUUCAAAUCAUCAAAACCUAGAAUCAACAUCCACAUCUGAUUCAGAAGAGUCUAGUCAGAAUUCAGAGGGAAGAGAAACAUCCCACAACAUUGGGGACGGGAUAACUGCAUCUCUUAGUGUUGUGGAAGACCAAUGUAAAUUAACUGAACUGGAUGCUACAAGUGAGGGGCCGGAUUCUGCAGGAACAAAACCUAGCAGUUUUCUUAAGAAAUCUGCUCCAUGUUUUGAGAGUGGGAGAGAAAAUCUCACUACAAGCGCUCAACCUCAGAGUGUGCUCCCUCAGAUGCAUAAUCAAAGCAUAAACUACCCCGUUUUUCAGGCUCCGAUAGCUAGUUACUACCAUCAAACUCCAGUUUGGCCAGUUGGUCAUACAAAUGGGUUGAUAUCCUAUCCUCCCACCAACCAUUAUGUAUUUGCCAAUGGUUUUGGAUAUGGUUUGAAUGGGAAUGCACGGUUGAUGCAGCACGGGACCUUGCAGUCUCUGCCACCCUCAUUACAUAAUCGUGCUCAUUAUCCUAUUUUUCAGCAGGUUAUUGGCGUUGAUGCAAAUGAUCCUGCUAAGGUUGCUCAGUUAACUGCACUAAAAGAAGUACAGCAUACCACACAGAAGAUGGAUCCAACUAAUCAACAUCCUGCAGUAGUUGAUCCCAAACAGAGGGGGAAGCUUGUUAAAAUGGCAAUGGGAAAUGAUGGCUUCUCUCUUUUCCAUUUUGGUGGCCCUGUAGCUCUGUCAACAGGAUUUCAAACUGAUCAAGCUACUGUGGAAGAAGGAAUCAUGGGAAGCACUCACCUUUACGAUGGCGAUAUUUCGUGCAGUAAGAAGGAUUCCGUUGAGGAAUAUAACUUGUUUGCUGCGAACAAUGGUAUAAAGGUUUCGAUCUUCUGAGACAAUUACAUAGCAAGGCCAUUUAAGUUUUUUUAUUCCCUAUUCCUAUUCCUAUUCUGAAUCCUGGAAAGCAGCUUUAAGGAGUUGAAAACCUCUACAUUUCUUUCUUGUAGCUGAGUGAUGAGUGAUACAAGCUCGAGAACUGUUUAAUUUCUUGCUCUUGGUCCGAGAAAUUUUUGCCUUGUGCUUUCAGUGUUGCUGGAUUUUUCUGUUUGUUUUUCUCCGGUAUCCAGAUUUCAUUAUGACUGUAUAAGAUCAACUUCAUUUUCUUUA